AUGCCAGAUGAGCAUUUACCUCCUUAUCCGUCGUUUGGAUCUUUUGCUACUCCUGUCACAUCCACAGUCAGUUCUUAUUUCGACCCGUAUGCUGCCGGGCCGUCCCACACUGCUCCUAAUCUUCAUGCAUAUCCUCCGCUGGGCAUGAGUCCCCAUGACCCAUACUAUCCGAGUCACAUGCCUCUGUCCACUACUGAGUUCAGACUCACAUUUGUCGAGAUUCAGCUCGGCAUCGUUUUUCGUCACCUUCAUGAGCUUAGUGCUCAACAGUCUGCUUCUGGAGCACCUGCGAGUGCCGCACCAUCUUCAUCCCCUUUGCCACCACUACCGACAUCAUCCCCUCCUCCACCACCACCGUUACCAUCGUCACCUCCACGACCAUCUCCACCAGCACCGUUGUUUCCUUCACACCAUGCCCUACCUCCGUCUAUUGAGGGGCACGUUAGCGCUUUAGAGGAGGAUAUGGCCUAUGUCCGAGGGGUCAUUGAUGCAUCUACACCCCCACGCCCACCCCCACUCUAG